ACGGAAUUCAUCCUCGGGUAGGCACACGCGCUUCCUUACAUACCCGUCCAGUUCUUCCACUCGCUCCGGGAACAUAUAUACGGGACCCUAGGUCGUCAAACCCCAAUACUCCGAUCGUUUCGACUCGAGCGAGAAUCAAAGAAAACAUCCAGGAGUCCUUUCAACCCCGAAAUUCUGAGCCAUGCUCUCCCCGUCGUCGUCGAAAUGUCGCUCAGGGCCAUGGCAAAAGUCCUUGUCCGCGCACCUAGCAUUACUCUUCGGUCUCGCGAGUCUGCUUCCAACAGCGCCGUUUCCCACUUCCAUCUUUGCUAAAGCAGCGCCGUCGCAGCUGGUGUAUCCUCAAACGUCAUAUGAGUAUGUGCUGUUGGACCCUUUACCCGUGAAUUCUACGGGUGAAACCCUCGUUACGAACUUGUUGAAUGUCCUGGGAAUGAAGCAGACAGAUAGUGGGCAGAUAAUACAGUUCAAGACGACUAGUUUGGGGGAUAAUGCCAUAACGGGCCUAUUGUUGGACUACGGCGAUGGGUGCAACUCAUCGCUACCCGUCCUGUCGGCACUCCCUGCCACAGCAAUCCAUAUAGCGUUGCUGAACGUCACAAAGUCGGCGACCUGCAACAUCACGGCGGCGGUAGUAAACAGCCUCACUAGCAUGAGCACAAAUGGGGGUGUUGCGUUGAUCGCUUUCGGGGAUACGGGUGACGACGAAAUCGCAGCGCUCGCCCAGGCGGACUACCCACCAGAACUGGUGAAGCCGGCCUACCUCUUCGACAAACAUCUGGGAUCUGUGAUGGUGGCCCUUCUGCAACUCGUGAACGGCACUCAAUCGGGAGGCCAACAGCCCGAGUUCCGCCUCCCCGACGACCCAACGGCGUUCAUCCCCGGCGCCCCCUUCCCACCCAACUUCCCCAACCCCUCCCCCCUCCCCAACUUCCUCCCCAUAUCCGGCCCCGUCGUGCGAAUCGGCGUACGGGUCGUGAUCAAAGAACUAGUAUACAACAUCUUCCCCCCCUUCUGGCGGUUCGCCCUACUCUCCCUCGGCAUAUUCCUCGCCCUCUCCGUCCCCGCCGUCGCCUUGAUGCGUUGGCGCACGUCCCGCUACAUCACCGCACAAUCCCAGCAACGGGCCGCAGCGGCCCCCGUCACCCUCGACGUCGCGACACUUAACGCCCGCAGCCACAUCGCACCCUUCGCGACCAUCCGAUCAACCUACGAAGGCUCGGCGCAAUGCUCCAUCUGCCUCGACGAGUUUGACGCGGAUACGCCCGUACGGCAGCUCCAACCCUGCGGCCACGCCUUCCAUCCGCCGUGUGUUGACCAGUGGCUGACGGAACAGACAGCUGUAUGUCCGUUGUGUCGCACCUCGUUGUUGGAGGAUAAACCUGCGAAUCAGGCUGAUGGGGAUACCGCUGCUGCGGAUGUGGCUGGGGGCCGCCGCACUGCAAUAGCGCUGACGAGGCUAUGGCAUCCACGCCGCGCGGCGGCGGCGGGGACGAGGGUGACGCCAGCUUCAGAGCCGGGGAGGCGACAGUCAUCCUCAGCGACGCUGGCCAACGCACCACCGGAACGACCACACCAACGACAAACGCGACGAUGGUGGCCAUUCAGCCGCGCCUCACCAAGUACAACGGAUGGCACCGCAGCCGAUCUGGAACGAGGGACGGACGUCAUACAGUUGGAGGAACAGAGGCGGCCACCAGUAUCGUAACGGGUAUUAUCCCUCCCACAGGAAGCAAUCCGCCAUCACCACCACUACCACCACCACCGUGUGAUAUCCUUACAUAGGUCUCCCUCCAUAGG